UUGCAGGUUCCAACAAGCAACGACUGGAAUGGAACCUCUCCAGAACCAGCCAGAUCCAACUACUACAUCCUAAGAGCAUUUUGGGCGAUGCUAAAUAGAGAAAUUCCAGAUCAAGAAACGUUUCUUGACAUGAUAGAGCUCUGCUCGUACCAUAUAAAUCCAAACGUGCCGUGGUCGUCCCCAAUAAACUCGCAGUUGAUGGUGAGAGUGGUACAAGAUAAAAGCACAUUGCAAGGCAUUUUGACGCAUUUCGAAGACUACGUUGUCCGAAUCACUCCCAAUCUACUCAAAUUUCCUGCCAUAAAGUCUGGAAACACCUCCAUCUCCAAGUCUUCCACUGUGAAUCGUCUCCAUGGGGGCCUCAAGCCCCGGUUGGGGUACGGAGGCGCAAAGAAAGAGAUUUUGGAGGAAGAUAUUCGUCGCAACUGGAAGAACUCUACUAAAGUCAAGUGCUUAUCAAUGGUAUGGUUCAUGGUCUGUGUUUUUGACGAGCAGUUGCUUGAGAGAUACUGGAAUAUCGUCACUUCAUUUGUCUUAAACUUGGGAGAUGACCACGAACCGUUGAUAAAAUAUCAGAGCAUGAAGCUAGAGAGUUAUUUCUUAGACAAAGUCGCAGACUCUAAGCAUAUUUUGGUUAAAUCUGGGCUAUUGGAGGUGUUUAUCGAGUCCAACAAAAAAGCAUUAACGCACACUCCACCAAUUACUCCACCGAACACCUCCAUGCUCGUGUUGAGAGAGGCAUACUCAUGCUUGGACUGUCUACUUGCCAUCAAAGGGGUAUCAUCCCCCGUGAUUCUAGACUACACAGAACUAGUUUCGAUAUAUAUCCUUCCCUCAAUUUCCAAUCUUUUGAGCAGGUCGGAAAAGGAGUCCUUUCUCCCAGUGAUUAUCAUCUUGUUGACGGAGUUGCAACACUUAAUCAACAAUCGUUUGACGUUCAAAGUGAUGCUUUCGGUGUCUAGAAUUAAUUUCACCUUGAAUCAAACUAUCACCAAUCCAUUCAUACUAGACCACGAACAUGGCCUCCUGGCAGUAAGAAAAUGCCUCCAAUGCCAGGAAGCUAUUUUGGACCAAAUAGCGAAGACUGAAGAACAAGGCAAGGCGUUGUUGUUGGCCUAUAAAUACGACUUUAUUGGUUCUUGGGCAGUUUUGGUCAAAAGAUUGCGG